CCAAAGUCCAAACGGCGUGAAACCCCAAUUUCCAUUUUACGACAUCGUUUGUUUACAUGGUCUGUCGCUUACAUUCCGUCUUCGAUUUGUGACAACGGAGGUUCCCCGUCUCUUCUUCCGCUCGAAGAAGCAAUCCCCUCCGAUAAUCUGAUCAACUGGUACCAUUUUUAAGAUCUGCAUUGUUGAAGCAUCGACUGUUAAUUCUAUUGAAAUCGAUUUUUGAAGAUGACGUUAAGAUCGAAUCCACCGUUGAGUGAAGGAAUCGUGUUUGAAAAUUGUCGAAACGAUGUCCCUGAUAGAAUUAGGAAGGAGGAUGGGAAAGAAAACGAGGAGGAAGAUGAGGAGGAGGAUGUUGAUUUCAAUCCCUUUUUAAAGGAAACAGCUUCACCGGAAGCUUCAUCGAGCUUGAGCUCGGAAAUUGAAGGUCUGGAUGGUAAUGUUGUUGGUAGCAAUGCAAACCUAAAUCCAUGGAACCCAGCUGGUGAGGUGGAUAGACGUGAUGCUGCAGAUUCUGAACAUGGAGAGGAGGAGGUGGUGAUGCAAACUGCCGAUUCUCCGGAAGCUGGGCGUGAAAAUAGUAGUAAUCCAGGAAAAAUGAAUACGAGAAAGUCGGUUUCGUUAUCUCAUGCAGAAGUCGAAGCAUCUAGCCAAGAAAAUGAUGCUGAUGAUGUUAUGGUUAACGAUUUGGGUGAGACUAAUGUGACGGAUACCGAGGGAAAGCUCAUGACAGUGCAUUCGGAUGAUGAGGAUGCUAUAUGCAAGCGUACUAGGGCACGCUAUUCUCUUGUUAGCAUCACUCUUGACGAACUCGAGGCAUUUCUUCAGGAAACUGAUGACGAGGAUGAUUUUCAAAAUGUUGAUGAUCAAGAGGAGUACAGGAAAUUUCUUGCAGCAGUUUUACUUGUUAAAGAUGGUGAUGGCACAUCAAGCCAUGAAAAUGAAACUGUUGAUGAUGAUGAAGAUGAGGAUAAUGAUGCAGACUUUGAGAUAGAACUUGAAGAGGCACUAGGGAGUGAUGUUGAUGAAGGUCCAUCAAAUAAGGCACAGAAAGAGGAGAGUGAAAGAAAAGGACGGCGGCCGGAGACCAGGUUGAAUAGAUGGCAAAAAGCCAGUGCUCCACAUAAAAGGAAAUUUUUAGGUCAGGAAAAGAGGCCAUUGCGUCCCCUUAUACCAGUCCCGCCCAGUGGUUCAGUUGCGCCUUUUCCUUCUCUUAAUGGGAGAAUUUUGAUGCAUGAGACUACUCCAACCAGUCUGGCUUCCACGGGGGAAAAUGGUUGUAUCAACGGAUUCACUCCACAUCAACUAGGGCAGUUGCAUUGUCUGAUUUAUGAACAUGUGCAGCUUCUUAUUCAGAUAUUUUCCCUUUGUGCUCUUGAUCCUUCUCGGAAAAUUAUUGCCUCCCAUCUACAGGGCCUAAUGCUUGAAAUGCUUCAGAAACUUGAUGAAGUAAUGGCAUGCAAAAGCGUGCCAUAUCCCAGUAUUUGUUUUCGCCCUCAAUACAUGUUUUCAUCAGUGCCAAAUGAGGUAACCAAAAUUUACCCUGCUCAAUGCACCUUUGAAUCAUCUCAUCUUGGAGUCCGCUCUUCUACAAACAUUCAGAGGCCAGCAUCGCAAAAUAUUUCCCCGUCUGAAGGAAGAAACGAUUAUUUUCAUAAUGGGCAAACUGUUGAGAGCUCUUUCUGGGUUCCUACUGUCCGUGGUCCAAUAUUAUCCAUCCUUGAAGUAGCUCCUCUUAAUUUAGUUGGGAGGUAUAUGGAUGAUGUUUAUACAGCUGCACAGAAGAAUCGGCAACUUUAUAUGAAGUCUAGUUGUGAUACUCGUCUUGAGAAAGAACCUUUGUUCAACCUUCCUUGCUUGUCUUCAUCCGCCUACUAUAAACGAAGCAGCGAUUCUCCAACUGCCAAUGGGGUGCCACCCACACUUGGUCAACAACCUUUGAGGAAGACGUUGGCCGCUUCAAUUGUUGAAAGUGCCAAGAAGCAGUCAAUUGCUUUUGUCCCGAAGGAAAUUGCGAAAUUAGCACAGAGAUUUUUUCCUCUCUUCAAUCCAGCAUUAUAUCCCCAUAAACCACCCCCUGCUUCUGUUGCAAAUCGGGUUCUGUUUACGGAUGCAGAGGAUGAAUUAUUAGCACUGGGAAUGAUGGAGUAUAAUACAGAUUGGAAGGCUAUUCAACAACGUUUUCUUCCUUGUAAAUCUAAGCAUCAGAUUUUUGUUAGGCAGAAAAACCGUUGUGCUUCUAAGGCGCCGGAAAAUCCCAUUAAGGCAGUUCGAAGGAUGAAAACCUCCCUGUUGACUGCGGAAGAGAUAGAGCGUAUUCAGGAGGGCCUCAAGUUGUUUAAACUUGAUUGGAUGUCAGUAUGGAAAUUUGUUGUCCCUUAUAGAGAUCCCAGCUUAUUACCCCGACAGUGGCGUAUUGCUCGUGGUGCGCAACGGUCCUAUAAGCUAGAUGCUGCUGGAAAGGAGAAACGGAGGUUGUAUGAAUCAAAAAGAAGAAUAUCCAAACCGGCUAAGUUGGCACUUUGGCAACAGUCUUCAGACAUUGAGGAUAAUUCAAUUGAGAAUGCUGUUGGGGAACAUAAUAGCGGAAACGCCUGUGUAGAGGAAGCCUAUUUACAUGAGGCAUUUUUGGCAGAUUGGAGGCCAGGUGGCUCAAGCCUCAGUUCUUCUGGUCAUCCUUGCUCAAACUUUGCAAACAGAAACUUACCUGGUGAUAGAGUGUCAGGAGAUACUUCUUGUGUUAGUGAAGACCUAAAUAAUCAUGGGUUUGCGGAAGCUCAACCACACAAUCAUAAUAUGCACAAGUUUCCAUCUUCAUCCAAGUAUCCUCUACACACUUCAUCUCAUCCUGCUCAUGUUAGAUACUUUCCGUCUAAUAUCAUGCGGCAGAACCAUAUGGUCUCCAACGUGUCACUAGAUAAGCCUAAAUCCCCAAUACAUAUGCGGCCAUAUCGAACUCGUAAUAUUAAAGGUGCUCACUUGGUGAAGUUAGCACCAGACUUGCCUCCUGUGAACCUUCCACCAUCUGUCCGUGUAAUAUCUCAGUCAGCCUUCAAAGGUAAUCAAUUUGCAGCAUCUGCUAAGGUUUCUGCCUCUGGAGCUGAUAGUAAUAGUGCGGGAUUACAAAAUGCAGUUUCUCUAUCCCAUCAUGCAAAGUCAGCAACUAUCAACUCAGUAACACCUGAUGGCGAUAGAAACAGUACAGUGAAAGACAUUGUUACAAAUUCAUUGCCUAGAAAACCUGGAGUUGUUACUGAUGAGCGUGUGUUGGAAGAAAGAGGCAACAUUUCAGAUCUUCAGAUGCAUCCUUUACUGUUCCAAGCACCUGAAGUUGGACGCCUACCAGAUUACUCAUUGGCUUGUGGUGCCAGAACAACUAGUUCAUUUGGUUUCUUUUCAGGAAAUCAGCCUCAACUGAAUUUGAAUCUCUUUCAUAGUCCUUUCCAAGCAAUUCAUGGUGCUACUUGUUCCAAAGAUUAUUUGAAGACAAAAGAGUAUACUUCAGCAGCAGGUGGCAUUGACUUCCAUCCCCUAUUGCAGGCAGCGGAUGAUGAAAAUAGUGACUUAGUAACAACAAUGUCAAAUGUGCACCAGUCUGUUUGUUUCGAAGGCACAACUGUUCAACGUCAAAAUCCUUCUGAUACUGUGAAAAUUAAACCAUCAGUUCAUGAAGGCGCAUUUCGUGCCAACUGUAAACACUCUAGUCCUAAUGAGAAGGCUAAUGAACUAGACCUGGAGAUCUAUUUAAGCUUCAAGUCUGGGAAGGAACAACGCAGGAGAAGUGGAAAUGUGGUUGCAAAAAAAAGAAAAAUGUCUCCAAUAAGUGCCUCUGAUUCUGGAAAUAGUUUGGAAACCCAAAAAACUGGCAGUUCACAGGAUCAGUGGCAGUGCAUUGAGAAUUGCUCUACUGUGCAGAGAGAUUCUGUUCCACAUGUUCAAGCAUCAGCUAUAGCAAGCAAUAACAUCAGCAGAUGCAAUCGUGAUGAUGUAGGUGACUCGUCUCAUCCAGGGAUUGUGAUGGAACAGGAAGAGCUGAGUGACUCAGAUGAGGAAAUGGAUGGAAAUGUGGAGUUUGAGUGCGAGGAAAUGGCGGAUUCUGAUGGAGAGGAGGCUUCAGGAUGUGAUGGAAUUGCUAAGUUGCCAGAUAAGGGGGAGCCCAAAUUUACGGCAGCAAGGGUUGCAAUGGACGUGAAUUAUGAUGAUCAGGAAUGUGAAUUAGAGGGCCCUGUUUAUUCUCAACGAAAUAAUUCUCUUCUAAUUAAGAGCAGUCCUUCCUUAAAGUUGAGUUUGACAAGCCUGGGGAUGGAUCCUACAAAAAAUGCAUGGCUAAGUUUGGAGUCAGGGGCCCCUGGUCACCAUGAGUGCAAGCAUGAGAAUAUGAUCAGGGAAGGAUCCCAUGCCAAAAAUUUUACGGGCCUUUCCAAUAGAUCUUGUACGAAGACAACAGAAGGCACAAACAACGAUGGUACCCAAAAUCAUUCUGAGGAUAUGACCCAACAACUCAGCUUGGGUCCAAUUGUUUUUCCCUCUUUGAGGAAGCCCAGGAAGCGUUCUCGCCGAACAAAUGCAAGUCUGAGUAUGGAAAUGACAUUGGAAAGCACACAAAAUGAUCAGCUAAAUAAGGCAAGUUGAUUGUGCUUUUGUUGAGGUGAUGGAUUCUUGAAAAUGGCCAAAAGUUGGAUCUUGCCUGGCCAACCCAAUUUUCAAUCCCUGCAACUGAUGGCAAAUCAUUUCGGAGGCACAAAAAAAUGUUGAUCUUGCAUCAUGGUCUCCUGUGCACUAGUAAUUAGCACUUUUAACUCUGAACUCUUUGAUUUGUACACAUGCUGAUGGGGUAAAGAAGUUGGCUAUCGGUUUUGUACCUUGUGAAUUCUUUUUUUUUAUUGUGAAUAUCUGUUUAGGCAGUUUCUAUACUUAUUUCAUGUUUUUUUCCUUAAAUUAUUUUCGUAUGUGGCAAAGUCACAAGUACAUGCUAUUUUCCUUGUAUAUUUGGCGAUGCUCCUACUGGAAUGAAAUGGCAUAGAGAUUGUUUUUCUCC